AUGCCGACACUUAAUACGGACAUGUCAGUCAAGACGGAACUCUCUCAAAAAGAUGCUUUUAUUUCCGAACGUUCGCAACACAGGAAUUCACGGAUAACAGAAUAUCAACUUGCAGUCGAAGAGGAGGGUGAAAGCAUCCGUACAGCGAGUGAGUGCGCCGAACCACUCACUCCAGCUAGCCAUACCAGUGGAGACGUUCCUUUCUCGCACUCUUUUCACCCUGAAGACCAUGCAGACGAACUCUACGAAACUUCAAAGCCUGCUAUGGGUUUUGACGCCGUCGAUGCACUGCAUCCGACUGUAAAAGAUGAGACGAGACCCGAGUUAAGACCCACUUCAGCACAUUCGAAUGGAAAGAAUGCGACACAACAUAAAGCCCAGGCAUCAUCAGAGAGGCGUGGGUUGGGUCGCCGUGUUGGAUCCUUUGUUCGCAGCAGGUUGCAUCGACGCAACACCCCUCAAGAAGAUCCGAAAGAUUUAGGCCUAGAACCCCACAUCUCUCGCCAAGCGCCAGAAGCAAGAUCCGACAUCAAUCAAUUGCUGGUUGUAGAUACAGCCGAAGAAUCCACAAAUAUCGACAGCUCGGCGAUCAGCUUUCCAAGGCCCAGUAGCAGGCUUAGCUCUUUAUCGCUUUCCAGGAGCCCUCCGAGAUCCUCACGAGCAGUUACACCACCGCCAUUCUCUGACUCGCCAAUCAGUGACACGCCUGCCGAGGAAAAAAAAAGAAAGUCUGGGCUUGAGAGAAAACCGAUGUCUUCUACAGCUCUUUCUAGCCUGAGUCCCUCUAAACCUGGCAUCACCUGGGCUGAAAAAGCGCAUGGCAACAAGAGGCACACCUGGUCAAGGAGGCGGUCAGCAAGUACCGAUCAAAUGCCGCGGUUCGGACAGGACGAGAACAAGCCCACUGCUGGCAUGCUAAACACUUUCUCCAAGCCACCUGAAAAAGGUGUGGGCAUGAAGGCUCGUCGACUCAGCCUCAACUUGCCAAGUGACUAUAUCAUAGAUCAGUGCGAGCUAGAGAAAGAGUUCAAGAGCUCGAGCCUUAUGCCUGGCAAGCGAGGUAAGGUACUGGGAAAGGGUGCCACGGCCGAGGUCCGGAUCAUGGCUCGCCGGGGUGUAUCGAAAGACGAGCAACUGGUCGCUGUUAAGAUAUUUCGAGAGCGUAAUCCGGAAGAAACAGAGGAAGACUACAUCAUGAAAAUCAAGUCCGAGUAUAGUAUCGCGCAGAGUCUGCAUCACCCCAACAUUGUCGAGACCCUCCGUCUGUGCACCAACCGAGGCCACUGGAACCACGUCAUGGAGUAUUGUUCCCACGGCGAAAUCUAUUCUCUGGUGGAACGGAAGCUUUUCGCUGGCGGUGUCGAGGGGUUCUAUAGCCGCGAAGACCGCCUAUGCUUCUUCAAACAACUAUUGAGGGGUGUUGACUACCUGCAUAGCCAUGGAAUUGCCCAUCGGGAUAUCAAGUUGGAGAACCUUCUAUUGGAUAAGAACGGGCAUCUCAAGAUAUCCGACUUUGGCGUCGCCGAAGUAUUUAGCGGCGAGCAUCCCGGCCUUCGCGCAUCAGGAGGUCAGUGUGGCAAGAAUAUGGGAGCAGUCCGUCUAUCUGCUCCCGGCAUCUGCGGCAGCCUUCCUUACAUUGCUCCCGAAGUGCUUGCGAAAAGAGGGUCUUACGACCCUCGUCCACUCGAUAUAUGGUCCUGCGCCAUUGUUUAUAUCACCAUGACCUUUGGUGGGUGUCCGUGGCAGGCUGCUAAGACCGAGUUCGAAUACUAUGCAAGGUUCAAGAGAGGUUGGGAACAGUGGCUAGCGAAUCAUCCCGACGGUGAGCUGUUUGAAGGACCGGAUGGCUAUCCAAAAUGUGGCAAGCUCUUCAAUAUGAUUGAAGGUCCAGCGAUUCGGCACCUUAUACUACGGAUGCUACACCCCAUGCCUGACAAACGUAUCACCAUCCAUGAGGUGCUGAAUACCAGUGUUAUCAGGAAUGUCGACUGUUGCUGUCCUGAGAACUACGAUGAUCCAAAAUGCUGCUCUGAUGGCCCGAACCCCGUCUCAGCAUAUAAGAGGUUUUCGCCCAAGAAGCCUCUUCACCACCACAUACCGCCAAAACCUGAGCACAAGUCCCGCGUACUUUUUUUCGAAGUGGGUGAGGCUUGA